AAAACGACGAAGAAGACUUCCACAACAACAUUUAGGCUAACAUAGGUUAGCUAGCAGAGUUGUAAAAUGAUUAGGCGUUAUUCUUAGAGCUUCUAAUAUCUCACCUUUCUGCAAAAGUGUUCGGUGUUUUUUCGACGGGACAUGUCGGAUAAAGAAAGCGGAAAAGGGAAGGACAGUCCCGGAGAGAAAGGCUUCAGGAUCCCCGGGCUGAGGGGGGCGCAGACCACCACGCUGUUCCGCGCUGUCAACCCUGAACUCUUCAUCAAACCUAACAAGACAGUGAUGGCGUUUGGACUGGUGACCAUCACUUUGAGUGUGGGUUAUCUGGGUUACAUGCAUGCAAUGAAAGAAAAUGACCAGCAGCUUUAUGAGGCCAUCGACAGCCAAGGAGAGAGAUGCAUGAAGAAGAAGACUUCCAGAUGGGACUGAUGACACUGCAAUGUGUGCUACACUGUGUGACUGCAAACAUGAAAAUAAUGCGUUGUAAAGAGGGAGUGACUAAAUAAAGACACAUUGAGUGAGUUCUGAACUGUCUGAUGCU